GCGGGCGGCAGCGUUUGGGUCUCUGCCUUUGCGGCGUUGGCUCCCGUGGGAAUGGCUGUGGCAGGCUGCACGGCUGCUCAUGGAGCGGCGGAGCACCCCGACGCUGCGGCGGACGCGGGCUCGCUGUGGCCUGCAAUGCUUGCCAGGCGCGAUGCUGCCCGUGCGGCGGCUGCGGGCCGCCUUGCCGCGGUGUUCCAGAGGAUCGCCGAGCUGGAGGAGCAGGUGAUCGGGCUGCAGGCCGAGCGGCGCCAUGCCCAGGCGGCAGGCCGCGCUGCGGCCCUUGUGGCGGCCCAGCGCGCCUCGGAGGCUGCGCCCGAGGUGGCGGUCGGGUCGGCCGCGCAGCAGGACCCCGCGCUUCAGUGCGAGCUCGUGGAGCGAUGGUGGCGCCCGUCCUGGAGGCGGACCUCCAGGACGCGCCCAAGAGCGCCUUGCAGGUGGGCAGGCGCAACACGGUGU